GUGUUCUGAGAGGUAAUAAGGGAGAGUGCAGGUCAGAUCAUUCGUCAUCACUCACCAGGAUUGUUGCAAUAAUUCCUGAAGGCAUAACAAGUGGUAUGGUCUUCCGGCUCUGGAAGGUCUGUUCUCUUGCAAUUCUUGGAGCAGGAGCCACCGCUGGUUUCAGAUCUGGUCAUUCUAUAUUAAGUACAUGCUGUCUGCACACUGAAGAGUCUUUUCGAAAGACAAAAAUUGUUGCCCAGACCAACAUGAAGGUUGAACUGCUUCCAGCACUUUCUGAUAACUAUAUGUACCUUCUGAUUGAUGAAGAUACAAAAGAAGCCGCCAUUGUAGACCCAGUGCAACCGCAAAAAGUUGUGGAUGCAGUCAAAAAACACGAGGUGAACCUGACAUCCGUAUUAACUACACAUCAUCACUGGGACCAUGCUGGUGGCAAUGAGAAGCUAGUGAAGAUGGUGUCUGGACUGAAGGUCUAUGGUGGAGAUGGCAGGGUUGGAGCCCUGACCGACAAAGUGACUCAUCUCAGUACUUUUAAGGUUGGCUCUCUGAACGUGAAGUGUUUGUUUACACCAUGUCACACAUCGGGACACAUCUGUUAUUUUGUGACCAAAGCAAACAGCCCUGAGCCACCAGCUGUUUUUACAGGUGACACAUUAUUUGUUGCUGGCUGUGGAAAGUUCUUUGAAGGAACUGCUGAGGAAAUGUACAAAGCUCUGAUUGAAAUUUUGGGUCGACUUCCACCAGAAACUAAAGUGUACUGUGGGCACGAAUACACGAUCAACAACUUGAAAUUUGCACGGCAUGUAGAACCAGAAAAUGAAGAUAUCAGGAAGAAAUUAGCAUGGGCUAAGGAAAAGUAUGACGAGGGAGAACCGACUAUACCUUCAACCCUUGCAGAGGAAUUUAUGUACAACCCGUUCAUGAGAGUGAGAGAGAAGUCUGUUCAAGACCACGCCAGGAAAACAGAUGCUGUUGCUACUAUGGAAGCCAUUCGAAAGGAGAAGGAUGGCUUUAAGGUGCCAAAGGACUGAAUAAAGAAGAAGGAACACUAACCAAUGGACAUGGUCCAAAGGAUUAAAUAUCACAUGCACAUUAAACAUGGAGAAAUCUUCAACAUUAAUAUUAUAUUCACUUGAAUACUUACAAAUCUUUUUUUCUUAAUCACUACUGCAGAAGAACAAAACAUUAAGGCUGGAAUUCUAAACUUUAUUGCCUGUCGAAUGUGUACAUUCGGUGCAUUUCUUCCAUUUACUAUGCAUAUGUUGAUUCUCCGACUCUUUUUUUUGUUUUGAAUAUUUACACCAUGUUGUUGCAAGGUUUGCUUAAUGAUAAUCUGAAGGUUGUAUUGUUUGUAUGCAUCUUAAAAAGCGUAAUAUUUAAAAUGUUAUCUUGAUGACGCACUUUGAUUUCUUUAACUUGUUUGCACUGUAGAGCUCUUAAAUAGACAGUAUAGUAUAUAUGCUAGUCAGGAAUAAAGUUAGUUGUCUGUCAUCUGUAGAGACGUUCUAUUUCCUUUUUGUAUUAGAACAUGGAAACCACUAACUAAUAACACUUCCAUGCUGGUGUUCUACAGCUUUUUUUAGAACACGAAGGGGUUCAUACUGGCUUACAUUCAGAUGAAUAUGUUGUGCAGUAAAACAGUUUUGUUCAGCUAAUACUAUAGAAGAGAAAGCCUGAGUUCUGUUUAAUCAUUACAAAUGGUCAUAGAUUACAAAAGCUACUGCUACGUUUUGCACUAUCAGCUCCCAAGGUUCCAGCUUUAAAAAGAGCUGAAAAUGGAUAAGACAGGUUAAUAUUUAUUAGGUUAAAGUGAUUUUCAGACUCAAUUUGAGUAGCCAGUGUAACAGCAUAGAGAAGACAGUUCUGUGGAACAAAAAUAUUAGAAUACUUUUUAUUGAUACUUUUAUGAAUUACAUAGGCUAAUCUGGUAGCUUGCAUAUGGAAACAAAUACAAUGCCUGUGACAGCACUUGUUUGUGUUUCAAAGUGAACCAGUUUUUGUUGUGUUAAGGGGAUGUGACAUGCUGUACACUUUAUUGGACAGCUCAAGAUCUUUGGAGUGCUAUGUCUGUCUUUCUGGUACAUACUGGGGCAGAUGGUGUCCAGGGCCAAGUGUGCAUAUUAACAUAAUGCCUAUAAUGAAGGCAGUUACUGUGAUUUUUAAUUUGUGGUGGUUUGUGGUAAAUGCUGAUGCCUAGCUGACAGAGUAUACAGUUUUUUCUGAAUAAUAUGGCCAUUGUGGUUACUUAUGUGUAAGUUAAGAUUUAAGUUUUUCUGUGUUUUUGCAUUACUUCAUUACCUUUAUCCAUUACAUAGACAUCAUUAAAACACAAGAUGCUGGCUUGAAA